UGCCUCCAUUUCUCCACGAGGGGGGGUUAAAGGCCCCCAAAAUAUGCAUAUAUGAAAAAGCCAAAAAGUAACCGUCAGUGAUAGGGAGUCUUAACUAGAGAAAGAAACGGAACCAAACUGGGGGGCUCGAUGAAAGCGCGGCCGGCAGCGUCCCGGACGAGGAGAUGUCUUUGGUGGACUUGGGGAAGAGGUUGCUAGAAGCAGCAAGAAAAGGCCAAGAUGAUGAAGUGAGGACAUUGAUGGCAAAUGGCGCUCCCUUCACCACAGACUGGCUUGGAACAUCACCCCUCCACCUUGCAGCCCAGUAUGGUCAUUAUUCCACAGCAGAAGUGCUCCUUCGAGCAGGCGUUAGCAGGGAUGCCCGGACCAAAGUGGACAGGACCCCUUUGCACAUGGCUGCAGCUGAUGGACAUGCACACAUCGUGGAACUGCUUGUUAGGAAUGGUGCAGAUGUGAAUGCCAAGGACAUGCUGAAGAUGACAGCUUUACAUUGGGCUACAGAACACCACCAUCGAGAUGUUGUAGAGCUACUUAUCAAAUACGGAGCCGAUGUCCAUGCUUUCAGCAAGUUUGAUAAAUCUGCCUUUGACAUAGCCCUGGAGAAAAAGAAUGCUGAAAUUCUGGUCAUCCUUCAGGAAGCAAUGCAGAAUCAGGUGAAUGCUAAUCCCGAGAGAGCCAACCCUGUGACUGUGGCUGCCCCAUUCAUCUUCACAUCUGGAGAAGUUGUCAACCUUGCUAGCCUUGUUUCUUCAGCCAACACCAAAACAACCUCAGGUGACCCCCAUGCCUCCUCAGCACCACACUUGUCAAAUUCCACCACCUCAGUGCUGGCCACCCUUGCAGCUCUUGCUGAGGCAUCAGCCCCCUCGUCCAACUCCCACAGAGCCGCAGCUAAUUCAGAGGAAAUCAUAGAGGGAAAUUCUGUUGACUCAUCAAUCCAGCAAGUGGUGGGGAGCGGAGGCCAGAGGGUCAUCACCAUAGUGACUGAUGGAGUCCCUCUGGGUAAUAUCCAAACUGCAAUCCCUACUGGAAGCAUUGGCCAGCCAUUUAUUGUAACUAUGCAAGAUGGACAGCAAGUUCUAACUGUACCUGCUGGUCAGGUUGCAGAGGAAACUGUAACUGAAGAAGAGGAAGAAGCAGAGAAGUUGCCUCUGACUAAAAAACCAAGAAUAGAAGAGAUGACAAACAGUGUGGAGGAGAGCAAGGAGGGCACUGAAAGAGAGCUGCUCCAGCAGCAGCUCCAGGAGGCCAAUCGAAGAGCUCAGGAAUACCGACACCAGCUCCUAAAGAAAGAACAGGAGGCAGAACAGUACCGCCUCAAGCUAGAGGCCAUGGCCCGACAACAGCCCAAUGGAGUUGAUUUCACCAUGGUUGAAGAGGUGGCGGAGGUAGAUGCUGUAGUAGUUACAGAGGGGGAGAUGGAAGAGAGAGACACAGAAGUGACUGGGGCAGGAGGGACCAUGGAGCCUCAUCCUGGAGUUUCCUUGGAAACUGUUUCAUCUUAAUGUGCAAGGGCCACAACUUGUACUGUGUCCAUCUUUUUCCUCUUUUUAAAAGAAAAUACAGAGGACAGGACAUUGUAUAAAAAUUAAGAAUGUCCUUAAGAAGAAAACUAUGGCAGGGUACAGUGCUUGGGCUCAGGAAGGCUUGCUAUGCAACUGGAAAAUUCAAAGCCAAAUUUAGGGAAUACUUCUUUUGAGGGACCAAAAGAACAAGGACCAGAUUUCUUAGCUCACAUCAUUGCUUUAAGCUUAGAGGUAAAAGAAUGCUGGAUAUUGUGGGUUGAUUGUGUUUUAAAUAACUGACUUUGUAUCAGAAGAUUUUAAGAUAACAUUCCUAGUAGAGACACACAGAGCCUUUAAUAAGUGUACCGUCAAGUGACCUUAAAAUUUGCCUUAGAUUUAUGACGUGUACCUGGUAGAGAAGAAAACUAACUGGGAGGUCGAUUAGAAGCAAGCUUUUGGGAAGAGAAAGAAAUAUAUUCCACUUGCAAAGGAGCAGGCAUUCCCCUCUAUCCUGAAUUAAUUUCACUGAAAAAUUGAUAGUUGCCUAACUCUGCAUCCAUUAUGUGUCCAUAAGUCAGAUGCCAGUUUAAGAAACUGAAGUGGAAUAUUUAAAAACUGGAAAGGAAAGAAAACUUGUUUAUGUGGGAGAAGUGUAUGUAAAUCCAAAAUCCUCCAGGCUGUGCUUCCACAAUGCUGGAAAGUGGCCAGAAAGAGGCUUGUGAGGUUAUGAAACAAUCUGGUCUUGAGAUAUAAACUUUGCUCUGGCUGGAUUUUAUAAAAUUGAAAUCAGGAGGAUAGUCUGUUGCUAGAACAACUUGCUUCCAAACAUUUAUUUCUAUAAUAUCAAGCUUUAAUAACAACUUUUUAAUUUUAUAAAAUUUUGUUGAGUUUUCUAAGUGUGCCUUUCUGUGGAGCUUACAUGGUACCCUCUUCAUUGCAAAAAAAGAAGUCGGGGGAGGGGUGAGUGCUGAGGGUGUUGGUGGAGUUUUGUUUCCAUUUGACUUGGGAUGAGCAAAUGGUUCUGUUUCCUUAAGGUUGGGUUUUGUGCAGAGCUUUUGUGCCUUAUAGGUGCUCAGUGUGUGUUGGCAAAGGGAGUGAAAAACUAGAAGUGCCAUAAAGUAAGGAACC